AUGGUUAGCUCGUUCUACGACUCGGAUGACGAGCAGCCACAUCACCACUCAGGUGACCAGACCCCCAGGCCACCUGGACACUACGGCACGACGCGUAACCCUCAGAACGAAGGGAGGCGAAGCGCAGCACGGAACCACGGAAGUUCCGGUGUCUACAGGCAUCACGAGCCUUACGACUUCAUGACCCAUAACCCAUGGGAGGUAACCGACUGGGCAACACGAAGCACGACGUCCAGUCGUAUCUCGAGGACCAAGGAAUACCUCGAGAUGGCCAUGGACCAGGGCCUAUCACAAGAAGAGGUCAUGGCAAUGAUACUUAAGAAUUACAACUUGCCACCGGGAGCAUUCCCAUCUCGCAGCGAGGCGAGUAACUCCCAAUCGAGUCGAGCGUACUCGAAUACUCACCAAGUUAAACAAGAACCGGACAGCCCUGGGCACUUAGGAACCCCAGGAAACGGUGUGGCAGACCCUAGCGCCAUCAUCGUACCACCUGUAGGUGGUCCCCCAGAUCCGAACCUGACCAGUGCUGAACAGAGUCUGUUCAGGGCACAGCAGCCUAACGAAGACGACGAGAGCUAUCGUCGUCGAGUUAGCGCUAUUCGUCGACUGCGGUCACCACCGGACACCAAGUCGAACGAAGAAACCGUCACCACGACGGCCUCAACUGCCAAAGAUAAGGGCAAGAGACGCGACGAUGGUGGGUAUAACCCAGCGGUUAUCUCACCCCGGAUGGUCGCUGGACCGUCGAAUUACGGGUUUGGACAGUACGACCCGAACUACCGACCACCACCGCUCAUUCCCCCUUCAGGAUACCGCUUGCCCGACGUACACAUGGGAUUCGGAAUGUCGCCCGUCAUCGAGGACGACUCCGACUUCCCGUUGCUGUCAACCCCGCCUCGUGAGCGGGUGCGAGAGGAAGACGAAAUCCUCCAGCGCUUCCGAGAGGAUGAGAUUAGACAUGGCGAAAUACCUACGGUAGCCGAUCGCAAUGUACGUUGGCGUGUAGACGAGAAUGGGAAUAAAGUUGCCUACUACGAUGACCCAGCUGUCCGAGCACCACCCUCAGGAAACGAUCCAAGGGUGAAUAAGUCCACCAAGCCACAUCUCCAAGGGAAAGACCACCCUCGUAACCGACACCCUCAGAACCAGGGCGACGAAAUGAGGGGGAGGGUGCCUAACCAGCCAGUGAACUCACAGGCACCCGCACCGCAGACUAAUGUCGGAGGUAUGAGCAAUACUGCUGCCCAGUACCACCGAGAGCAUGAGCAACAGCACGUAGCUCCCAGUCUUACUCCUCCAGGAGGUCCCGUAGCCGAGAUACUACGUCAGAACAAAGGCCACAACCCGAUCCCCGAUGGAGCGAGACCCCAGCACUCCAGGAUCCCGCUAGAAGAGUUUGAGGAAGUCGACGACCCAGUCGAUUCCGAAUGGCUGGCCGCAGCUAAAGAGAAGUACCGGGCAUUGAUUCAUGACGUCCUUAGUGAUGAAAUGAAUAUCCCUGAGGUGAUGAAGGACUACGGAAAAAUCAAGAUUCCUUCACCGAAAACUUACGGAGGUGAAGAUGAUAUUGAUGCCUUCGAGAACUGGCUGUACGGGUUCGUGUACUUUGCCCGAAUUAACGCGAUAGGAGGGUCAAAGACAGAUGCGUUCCUAGUUCAGCUGGUCGGAAAUUACCUCACUGGGAAAGCCCAGAGGUGGUACAUCGAGGACGUCGAGAGUGUCCAUCAACCAGCCUCUCGAGACGCCGAAGAGAGGUACCUCGCUGUCAAGUACAGUGCGAGGGAAGGCAUGCAAAGUUUCUUCACGGAACUUCGGCUGUGGGCUAGUCGUAUGCCCAAUAAGCCCAACCCUAUUGAUUUCAUGCACCAGAUGUUGUCUCAACUGCCCAAAGAAAUGAGAGACGACUUGAUUGAGAAGAGGCGCCUCAAGAAGAAGUACAACUACUCUGUGAAGGCGUCGAGACCUAGCCAAGUAGGGUCCAAGCCAGGUAUACAGGACUCUUGGAGAGCCGGAUACCACUACAAUCCGUCGAGUGGUCGCCUUGUGAGAGAUAACCAAGGCCGAAUUGGCGUUUAUCAGCCCUUAGAUCGAUUGGAAGGACGAAAGCGCGACAGCUACUCGAGGGAGCAGAGCUCAGGCUCGAAGAAUCGCGAUUCUCGAGACGAAAGGAGGCCGAGUUCGACCCAAGCAACUGCAGGAACAUCACUGAGGAAAGCUGGCGAUCCAAAGACGAAGGCAUCGUCCAACUCGCGCACCUGCUAUUCUUGUGGUCAAGUAGGCCACUAUGCAACGGACAAAGUAUGCCCGAACUUUGGACAACGCUCUAAGGGCCAGAACCGACUAAACGCAAUUGACGAGUCGGAGGAGACACAGCAGAGCGAGUCUGAAGAACAGAUAGCUCACAUAGACGAGUCAGAGGACGAUACUGGAGGGUAUGGUGCCCAGUAUGAGUCCGAAAUCGAGCAAGUGAGCGACUACGAGUUUGCGAGCGACCCAGAGUCCGAUUCCGAUCGCUUAAACGUCAUAGUAGAGGCCAGUAGCGACUCUGAAGAACCUGAUUUCUUUGGAGCGGUACGAACGAUUGAGGGGGAGCCUACGGCGAUGACUAGACCCUUCAAGAAACUUAAUGUAUCGCCCCAGGCAAUCGAACGUCCUGGGCGAAGGCCAGAGGAGAAGCGGUUCCUCAUUGCAAAAGUAUCCAUCUGUGGGCAGUCUGCUAUCACUAUGUUCGACAGUGGGAGCAGUACAGACUCGAUUAGACCAGCCUUUGCAAAGAAUUACAACUUGCCACCGGGAGCAUUCCCAUCUCGCAGCGAGGCGAGUAACUCCCAAUCGAGUCGAGCGUACUCGAAUACUCACCAAGUUAAACAAGAACCGGACAGCCCUGGGCACUUAGGAACCCCAGGAAACGGUGUGGCAGACCCUAGCGCCAUCAUCGUACCACCUGUAGGUGGUCCCCCAGAUCCGAACCUGACCAGUGCUGAACAGAGUCUGUUCAGGGCACAGCAGCCUAACGAAGACGACGAGAGCUAUCGUCGUCGAGUUAGCGCUAUUCGUCGACUGCGGUCACCACCGGACACCAAGUCGAACGAAGAAACCGUCACCACGACGGCCUCAACUGCCAAAGAUAAGGGCAAGAGACGCGACGAUGGUGGGUAUAACCCAGCGGUUAUCUCACCCCGGAUGGUCGCUGGACCGUCGAAUUACGGGUUUGGACAGUACGACCCGAACUACCGACCACCACCGCUCAUUCCCCCUUCAGGAUACCGCUUGCCCGACGUACACAUGGGAUUCGGAAUGUCGCCCGUCAUCGAGGACGACUCCGACUUCCCGUUGCUGUCAACCCCGCCUCGUGAGCGGGUGCGAGAGGAAGACGAAAUCCUCCAGCGCUUCCGAGAGGAUGAGAUUAGACAUGGCGAAAUACCUACGGUAGCCGAUCGCAAUGUACGUUGGCGUGUAGACGAGAAUGGGAAUAAAGUUGCCUACUACGAUGACCCAGCUGUCCGAGCACCACCCUCAGGAAACGCUCCGAGGGUGAAUAAGUCCACCAAACCACAUCUCCAAGGGAAAAACCACCCUCAUAACCGAACCCCCCAGAACCAGGGCGACGAAAUGAGGGGGAGGGCGCCCAACCAGCCGGUGAACUUACAGGGAACCACAUCACAGACCCACACUGGUGGUAUGGGUGAUAAUGCUACCCAGUACCAUCGGGAGCAGGGGCAACAGCACGUAUCCCAGUCUUACUCCUCCAGGAGGUCCCGUAGCCGAGAUACUACGUCAGAACAAAGGCCACAACCCGAUCCCCGAUGGAGCGAGACCCCAGCACUCCAGGAUCCCGCUAGAAGAGGUACAAGCGAACUGUUACUCAGAUGGCGGGAGCAAAGCCAAGUCCGCGAAAUGCAAAUGUUGACGAGCUUGCAAACCCAGUUUGAGGAAGUCGACGACCCAGUCGAUUCCGAAUGGCUGGCCGCAGCUAAAGAGAAGUACCGGGCAUUGAUUCAUGACGUCCUUAGUGAUGAAAUGAAUAUCCCUGAGGUGAUGAAGGACUACGGAAAAAUCAAGAUUCCUUCACCGAAAACUUACGGAGGUGAAGAUGAUAUUGAUGCCUUCGAGAACUGGCUGUACGGGUUCGUGUACUUUGCCCGAAUUAACGCGAUAGGAGGGUCAAAGACAGAUGCGUUCCUAGUUCAGCUGGUCGGAAAUUACCUCACUGGGAAAGCCCAGAGGUGGUACAUCGAGGACGUCGAGAGUGUCCAUCGUACCCGAAUGCAUUGGACAUUCCCAGACGUCAUAACCGAACUCUAUGCUCGUUUCGUGCAUGAACCAGCCUCUCGAGACGCCGAAGAGAGGUACCUCGCUGUCAAGUACAGUGCGAGGGAAGGCAUGCAAAGUUUCUUCACGGAACUUCGGCUGUGGGCUAGUCGUAUGCCCAAUAAGCCCAACCCUAUUGAUUUCAUGCACCAGAUGUUGUCUCAACUGCCCAAAGAAAUGAGAGACGACUUGAUUGAGAAGGGGUAUACCCCAGAGAACAACAAACGAAUCAAAGAUCUGGUUCAAGCUGGGAUUAACUACGAACAAUCUGAGCGCCUCAAGAAGAAGUACAACUACUCUGUGAAGGCGUCGAGACCUAGCCAAGUAGGGUCCAAGCCAGGUAUACAGGACUCUUGGAGAGCCGGAUACCACUACAAUCCGUCGAGUGGUCGCCUUGUGAGAGAUAACCAAGGCCGAAUUGGCGUUUAUCAGCCCUUAGAUCGAUUGGAAGGACGAAAGCGCGACAGCUACUCGAGGGAGCAGAGCUCAGGCUCGAAGAAUCGCGAUUCUCGAGACGAAAGGAGGCCGAGUUCGACCCAAGCAACUGCAGGAACAUCACUGAGGAAAGCUGGCGAUCCAAAGACGAAGGCAUCGUCCAACUCGCGCACCUGCUAUUCUUGUGGUCAAGUAGGCCACUAUGCAACGGACAAAGUAUGCCCGAACUUUGGACAACGCUCUAAGGGCCAGAACCGACUAAACGCAAUUGACGAGUCGGAGGAGACACAGCAGAGCGAGUCUGAAGAACAGAUAGCUCACAUAGACGAGUCAGAGGACGAUACUGGAGGGUAUGGUGCCCAGUAUGAGUCCGAAAUCGAGCAAAGGCCAGUAGCGACUCUGAAGAACCUGAUUUUCUUUGGAGCGGUACGAACGAUUGAGGGGGAGCCUACGGCGAUGACUAGACCCUUCAAGAAACUUAAUGUAUCGCCCCAGGCAAUCGAACGUCCUGGGCGAAGGCCAGAGGAGAAGCGGUUCCUCAUUGCAAAAGUAUCCAUCUGUGGGCAGUCUGCUAUCACUAUGUUCGACAGUGGGAGCAGUACAGACUCGAUUAGACCAGCCUUUGCAAAGGUACACGACAUACCUGUGCAUCCUCUGUCCAAGGAAUUGAAACUCCAGCUUGCGACUAUUGCUAGUCGAGCAAGUGUCAACUACGGCACCUGGGUUAACAUCAGCUACGGCUCAAUCAAGAAUUCGAAGGAGUACGUCGAUGUUGUUAACCUUGACCGGUACGACGCUGAUACGCCGAUUUUGCGGCUAGACUUCAAACUGAGCUCAAACGGCUCUAUUAGACUCGUCACAAGUGUCUACGUCUAG